UUUCUUGAUAUAUACAAACACAAAUUAAGAAACCCCAUAUAGAUAAAGAUUGAAUUUUUUCAAGAUUUUGAUUUGAUUUGAUUGAUUGAAAGGUUUUAGCAAAAGGGUGUUCUUGAAAAAUGGGUGAUAUGAAGGAUAAAAUGAAGGGGUUCAUGAAGAAGGUCUCUUUUUCUUCUUCAGGUAAGUUUAAAGGCCAAGGUAGAGUAUUGGGUAGUUCUUCUUCUUCUUCAGGGCCACCCCCAAAUCAUGUUAAUAAUUUGUCAUCACAAAAUUUACCUUCAAAGCAAAAUACAAAAUCUAUGGCUCAAAAACCAAGUGAUUCUGAUAAAAGAAUUGAGAAUAAAUGUGUUAAUCAUGGUAAAAAGAGUGAAUUAAAGGAUGGUUUUGAUCCAUAUGGUGAAUUAGUCACUUCUGGUAAGAGGAAUCCAAAAGGAUAUUCAUUAAACGUUUUUGAAUGUCCUGUUUGUUGUACUGUUUUUGGUUCUGAGGAAGAGGUUUCAAGUCAUAUUGAUAACUGUUUAGCCUCUGAAGUGAGUGAUUUGGGAGUUGAAAGUAAAGAUGAAGAAAUUAAGAGUGAAGUGGAAGAAUGUGUUAGUGUGUAUGUUUCAGGAAAGCCAUCAGAUGGAUCAGUGGAGGUUGUUGUAAAGUUGUUAAAGAAUAUAGGGAAGGAACCAACGAACGCUAAGUUUAGGAAGAUACGGAUGGGGAAUCCGAAGAUAAAGGAGGCUAUAGGUGAUGUUGUAGGAGGAGUUGAGCUAUUGGAAUUUGUUGGAUUUGAGUUGAAAGAAGAAGGUGGGGAAAUUUGGGGUGUGAUGGAUGUUCCUUCUGAAGAACAACUUGUUAAACUUAAGAAUGUAGUUUCACUUUUGGAACCAAAGAAGGUUGAAGAGUUGGCAUCAGCAUCCCAAGUUAAGGCGGCGAGUGAACCAGUUGAGCCGAAGAAGAUUGAUAGACAGAUUAAGGUGUUCUUUUCUGUUCCGGAGAGCGUAGCAGCAAAAAUUGUGCUACCUGACUCAUUCUUUAACCUCUCACAUGAGGAAUUGAGAAGAGAGGCAGAGAUGAAGAGGAAGAAACUAGAAGAGUCGAAAUUAUUGAUUCCUAAAUCUUUUCGGGAAAAGCAGGCAAAAGCUGCAAGAAAAAAGUACACAAAAUCCAUUAUCCGAAUACAGUUUCCAGAUGGAGUAUUGCUUCAAGGUGUCUUUCUACCUUCUGAGCCAACUAGUGCUCUUUAUGAGUUUGUGAGCUCGGCAUUGAAGGAACCAAGCUUAGAAUUUGAUUUGUUACAUCCGGUGCUUGUCAAGAGGCGGGUGAUUCCCCAUUUUCCAGCUACCGGGGAGAGGGCUAUAACCCUUGAAGAGGAGGAUUUGAUUCCUUCAGCUCUACUCAAAUUUAAACCUAUAGAAACAGAUUCCGUCGUUUUUACAGGUCUUUGCAAUGAGCUUCUUGAAAUCAGCGAGCCCCUCGAGACUGGAUCAGCUUCUUCCUCGUAAGCCUCUUGUUCGCUCUCUGGACGUCUUAAUUACAUCGGAGACCAAUAAUUCUUGAUUUUUCUGUUCUGUUUACCCUUUUUCUGCAUAUUCUUGUUUGUGGAAAUGAUAGUCUAACUGUACAGUACUGUUGUAUUGUUUGAUUGAUAACAUCAGUUUCUCAUAAAAAAUUGGUUACAAAUUAAUUGAAUGAAUUAAGAAGUUGAUAA